CACUUUGUGCUUUUAUUUGCCAGGAGUUUCAACAGAGCCUCUUAACUGGUAAUUUUAUCUUUUACCUUGGAGAGAGUUACACUCCCAAAAGAGAUGUCGCUGCUUGCCACAAGUGUAUUUACCCCAUAAAGUGCAUUGUGUGUCGUGCAACUUAAUUACUUGUACAUCCAGUGAUUCAAUCUACAGCUCCAGUUUGUCUCCAAGGAACCAAAUCAGUGUUUUGUGUCCCCAAUCUUUGAGAUUUGCAACGUCACCUUAAGAUCAAGUGGACCUCGAACACCAACACUGGUGUCUUAUCGCAAGGGUUGGGGGUCAGCCUUAUCAUCCCUUUCCCCAGUGGAUGCCUCCAAACUGCAGCCAUGGGAGAAUGGACCAUCCUCGAGCGCCUCUUGGAGGCUGCCGUGCAGCAACACUCCACUAUGAUUGGAAGGAUCCUGCUGACGGUGGUUGUGAUCUUUCGUAUCCUGAUCGUGGCUAUUGUAGGCGAGACCGUGUAUGAGGACGAACAGACCAUGUUCAUCUGCAACACCCUGCAACCGGGCUGCAACCAGGCUUGCUACGACAAGGCCUUUCCCAUUUCGCACAUCCGCUACUGGGUAUUCCAGAUCAUACUGGUGUGCACGCCCAGCCUCUGCUUCAUUACUUAUUCCGUCCACCAGUCGGCCAAACAGCGAGACAGACGUUAUUCCUUUCUCUAUCCCAUAAUGGAGCGGGACUAUGGGGGCAGGGAUGGGGCACGAAAGCUCCGCAAUAUUAACGGAAUUUUAGUUCAGCAUGGGGGCGACGGCGGCGGUGGGAAGGAAGAACCCGACUGCCUAGAAGUAAAGGAGAUCCCCAACGCACCUCGAGGCCUCACCCAUGGAAAGAGCUCCAAAGUACGUCGACAAGAAGGGAUCUCCCGUUUUUACAUCAUUCAAGUGGUAUUCCGAAACGCCCUUGAGAUUGGAUUUUUGGCGGGUCAAUACUUCCUCUACGGCUUUAGCGUGCCUGGGAUUUUUGAAUGUGACCGCUACCCAUGUCUGAAGGAGGUGGAGUGUUAUGUCUCGCGUCCCACAGAAAAAACUGUUUUCCUGGUUUUCAUGUUUGCGGUGAGCGGCAUUUGCGUGGUGCUCAACCUGGCUGAGCUCAACCAUCUGGGUUGGCGUAAAAUCAAAGCGGCUAUUAGGGGCGUCCAGGCCCGCAGGAAAUCCAUUUGUGAGAUCAGGAAGAAAGACAUGGCGCAUCUGUCCCAACCACCCAACCUGGGGCGCACACAGUCCAGUGAGUCAGCCUACGUCUGA